CAUUUGCUGUGACGUCAACUCCCAGAGCCCCUCCAUCUUUGGUGAAGAAGAAGUUCGUAAAACUUGGACAAACUACUCAAAGUUCUGAUUCGGCGUUUGAAAUUGUGGAUACGAAGAAGGGUUGUGCUUCUAACCAUUCGGGUUCGUCACACUAGUAAACCGAUGUCUUCUGAAAAGGGGGUUUAGCUUGACGUCUUUGACAUCGGCACAGCGUCAGCGGGUGGGUGAGUCACUCAUGUCCCACACUGGAGGCUAAACAGUUAAAAAGCGAUGCCCACACUUGUCUCGGAUGGCCGCUCGUAGACGUUCUUCGCACCAUUUCAUUCCCCGAAAGGCUGCCGGUUCCUCGGCGAGUUGCGCCCUCUUUUUAUGAACGGGGCCAAUGCCGGUGGACAGCGGCGAGGGGUCGCGACGAGGAGACCGCCAGCAACUGAGCCGGUCGGGCGUCAGAAUGAGGAUGCCCCGAGGAGGACGCUUGUUUCUGGCGACGUGCCUGGGAUCUCUCCUGGUCCUAGUGCUUUACUUCCAGAGUAUCGGCAAGCCUGAACCCAGUGUUGGGACCAGUAGCACGCCAAAGAAAAGCAGGAGAAGUCCACUGCAGACCCUCUAUAGUGGAGACCAGCAGCGGCAGCUGUUGGCUGAUCAGAAGUCACUUCAAGGUCGCAGGGAGCUGCUGGAGCAGGCUUGUCUGAGUCAUACGAAGAAGCGGCAGGUUCUUUCCCCAGAAGAUCUUAAACACCUCAUUGUGGAUGACAAACACAGCCUCAUUUACUGCUAUGUACCCAAGGUGGCCUGCACCAACUGGAAGCGCAUCCUCAUGGUCCUCACCAGCGACGGCCGUUACACCGAACCCCUUGCUAUCCCCGCCAAUGAGGCCCACGUAGCAGGCAACCUGCGCACACUGUCCGAGUUCUCGGCCCCCGAGAUCAACCGCCGCCUCCGCAGUUACCUCAAGUUCAUCUUCGUGAGGGAGCCUUUUGAGCGCCUGGUGUCAGCUUACCGCAACAAGUUCACACGUAGCUACAACACAGCUUUCCACAAGCGCUAUGGGACGAAGAUCAUCCGGCGGCACCGGAAAAACCCAGACCCGGAGGCUCUGGAGAAUGGGAAUGACGCGUCUUUCCACGAGUUUGUCCAGUAUCUGGUAGACCCUCGGACCCAACGAGAGGAGCUUUUCAAUGAGCAUUGGGAGAGGGUGCACUCCCUCUGCCAUCCGUGUAUGAUCCACUACGACGUGGUGGGCAAGUAUGAGACGCUGGAGCGAGACGCCCAUGCUGUGCUUUCGUUGGCGGGGGUGGAGGACACGGUUGAGUUCCCAACGUCCAGUAAAAGCACCAGGACGGAUAGCAACAUGGCGGCACGCUUCUUCAAACACAUUAGUCCUUUUUACCAGAAGAGACUGUUCAACCUUUAUCGUAUGGACUUCUUGCUCUUCAACUACUCGACUCCGGAGUAUCUGAGAACUUGAUGAGAGGGGCUUGAUCUUGUAAUUUAGAUGCAGUUUUCUUUGGGAUGGGGAAUUUGCACUUUUUCAUCACUGUGGACUGAUUCCUCCUCCUCCUCCUUGCUGUGUGUUGAGCCUCAUAUGCAGAGAAUUUUUUAAUUUUCUGGUGAGAUUUACUUGAUCAAGAGCUGCACGAUAUAGCCUUAAAAUAAAAUCCUGAUCGUUUAUACGCAAGGGGGAAAAAAAAAAGUCCAAUUUCUGAUAAUAGAUUUUUUUCCCAGGUCAAUUUAAUUCAAAGUACAAUGACAUAAUUAAAAAGUUGGAGAAAAUGACUUUUUAAACAUACUGUGAUGGGAAAAUGAAUCUUAAAUUGGCUUCAUGAAUCAGUUGUACUUUUUGACUUCUCCAGAUGGGACACUCAGUUUGACAUUUGGCUGAAAGCACACUCACUUGUCAUUUCUUAUACCCCUUUAUAGAAACCAACAGUGCCAUCUAGAGGAGUCAAAAAUACAACUGGUUCAUAAAGCAAAUUUGAAGCUUCAUUUUGACAUCACCGAAUAUAACCCUUAGUACAUUUUCAUAAAUAAUUAACAAAAAUAUUACCUUCUGGAUUAAUAUGGUAUGCAACAACAAAACUGUCACUAAACACUAUGAAUUAAUGGUGCGGCUUAACAAUGAACCUUUUUUCAUGAAAAUGUUCACAAGAUCCCACAUACAGUCCAUUCUUAGGCAAGGAAAACAAGCCCGUCUACAAAAUGAGGCUAUAGGCAUGACCUGUUACAAUGUCACAAAUGAUCUCUGAGUGGGCGCUUGCGCAAUGGAGAGGUAUUUCUGGCCUUCAUGUAAUUAUUCAACUGUGGAAAGGUUACUUCAUGCUGCUGUAAAGUUUGGUGAACUUCCAGACGCUCUUAUUUUGAAGACACACCACCAGAAGUAGUCGGGUAAAAAGUGAAACACUGACUUGAUUGGAUUUAACCCGGAUGAAGUUUGUAAUGCUUUUACAUGAGCUGUCGUGCAUAUUGUCUGAAGUUGAUCACAAAAGCCACUUCACCGUUGAAGUAGAUCAGUGUGUGGCUACAUGACUGCUACUUCUGCAACAUAUAAAGGUGCACUAUGUCUUUGACAAUGUUCAGUGUGAUGAGUGACUACUGGCCAGGCUCCAUGUGAAAUAAUUGUGCUAAUGUUGUCUGUUUCUUAGCAGUAGUUCUAACUUUCUUUUAGCCUUUAAAUAUACUUUGCAGCAGAAUGUUUGUCUGACGCCGCAUUUCCAAAGUACUGACGAAACAAUGUCUCGUGAGUCAACUAGCUCCACUGUGUUUCCGAAAAAUGCCACAUGGAGUUUGGGGUGGGUGUAACCCCUGAAAAGAAUGACGCAUCGAUAUAGUCGAUUAAACGACCAGCAAGGAGCUGUAUCUUACAUGAAACGAGCAUGGCUCUUUGAGCCUGGGACCAAUGAGUGAAGCCUUAUUGUUGUGGAGCUGGUUCUCCUUUUGCAGGUACUAACUGUGAACCUGAAAAUUCAGUCCAAAGCUCCUCUGGUAUCUGGAAAAAUGUUAAAUUAUACAUAUCGAUGCAUUAGAUAUUUAUUGUUGUACAGUGAUGUAUGUCGUCUUAGUAGCUAGGGGGGACAAAUAUGCAAGUUGAUAUCGUUGAGAUAUUUUGCCACCAAGAGCAACAUUACAUGGAUUAUGCAAUAUCAUUGGAUGAAAACCACCUUUGAUUGAUGGCAAUAUUUAUGUAACUGAAAGAGGGAAAAGUGUCAUUUUGCAUUGUAGAAAAAUUGUAAAUAAAGAAAUUACAUUUACAUUUCAUCUAUUAAUCAACUAGAGAUGAGAUCGUUGCAAUGUCCAUGUUUGUGUAUUAAUUCUAGUGUACUGCAAGGGUUAAUAAUGUCUAUAUUUGCUCCCACCCCUACUAUUAAUAGACUUUGUAUGCUGAGUUUGAGUGACUAGGGAUUAGAUACAAAGAGUCUGUUACUUGUUUUUUUGCACAUAAAGCAAUGCCAAAUAAAAAUCCAAAGUUUAUUUGUUACAAA